UCUCUCUCGGUCAGUGGCCCUGCUGCUCUGCUCUCUCCUUUGACUUUGGUUGUUGUCAACCUUGGGACCCGCUGACCGCCAUCAGUCUCCAAUUGGCCGACGGUUAGACCGGUUUUGUCCAAUCCUUUUCUGAUUAUUCAAAAGCGUCAAGUGCCGUGUUAACUCUGGUUUGACGACGAUUGUUGUGCCAGUGCCGCAGCCGGAAUCAGCCGCCUCUAUCGAUCAGGUCAGCCUAGUCGAAAGGUAGACGAGGUGAACAACGAUCGCGAUCCUCAUCACCGGAGACGGGCGUCGGCUCCGGCACCAAAGGAUCCAGCGCGACCAAAGGUCGUCCAUUCGCCAAACCGAUUUCGCGAGCACUCAACAUGAGCGUGACGCAAAAAGUUCUCGGCUGCCUCAGGAGCAACGUCCUGACAAUCCUCAACAUCGCCGGCGUCUUCUCAGGCGUCGUCCUCGCCCUGGCACUCAGGUCGUCGCGCGAGGAGAAAUGGACACAACGAGAAAUUGUUUAUGUUGGUUUUGUAGGUGAUUUGUUUUUACGAAUUCUUAAGUGUCUCAUUCUGCCAUUGAUCGUCUCAUCAAUGACUUCAGCCAUCGGCUCUCUGGACCUUUCCGUGUCGGGACGGAUCGGUACGCGAGCCAUCGUCUACUAUAUGACCACCACCGUCAGCGCUGUCAUUCUGGGUAUCAUCCUCGUCCUGACUAUCCAUCCAGGCGAAGGAUCCGAUGAGGGAAUCUUUCGCGGCGGUUCCGUCCGUCACGUCACCACGGCCGACAUGCUCAUGGAUCUCAUCAGAAACCUGUUCCCACCGAAUUUGGUCCAGGCUUGCAUCGCUCAGUAUAAGACUGUGUUGACACCACCUGCCGACUAUUUGGAGUCUCUAGCCAAUAUGACCAACUCCAACGGAACCGACGCCGGUAACAUGACCGCCGGAAAGCCAAAGAAAAUCUACGACUGGAAGAUGUCAUCCGACUACGUGGACGCCACCAAUAUCCUCGGACUCAUCGUCUUUUCCACCGUGUUGGGCAUCACGCUCGGCCGGAUGGGAGCCAAGGGCAAGCCGCUCCUCAACUUCUUCGUCUCCAUGAGCGAAGCCGUCAUGAUGAUCACCGGCUGGGUCGUUUGGUUGUCACCGGUAGGUGUCAUGUUUUUGGUGGCCUCCAAGAUGUUGGAAAUGGAGAGCUGGGAAGUCAUGUUGGGACAACUUGGCAUGUACUUUUUCACGGUGAUGAUUGGCCUCUUCAUCCACGGUUUCGUCGUUCUCCAGCUAAUCUACUUUAUUGUGACGCGGAAAUUGCCGUUCCGCUACGUCGGAAACCUCUCCGAAGCUCUGGCCACUGCUUUCGCCACUUCAUCGAGCUCGGCCACUCUACCCGUGGCGCUGAAAUGCUUGGAGGAGAAAAACCAAGUGGAUCCACGAGUGACCCGCUUCGUCAUGCCAAUUGGCGCCACCAUUAACAUGGACGGAACGGCCUUGUACGAAGCCGUCGCCGCCAUCUUCAUCUCGCAAGUGCGUGGUAUUCAUCUGACCAUGGGCAACGUUGUGGCUGUCAGCAUCACCGCCACAGCUGCUAGCAUCGGCGCCCCUGGAAUUCCUCAGGCCGGAAUCGUCGCCAUGGUGAUGGUUCUCGCUACUCUUGGCCUGCCAGCCGAAGACGUCUCCCUCAUCGUGGCUGUCGAUUGGUUUUUGGAUCGCUUCCGGACGUUUACCAAUGUGCUAGGAGAUUCGUUGGGAGCCGGUAUUGUGCACCAUUUGAGCCGUCAUGAGCUGGAAGAGAUGCCGAUCGAAACUGCCACUGGUCGAAGAGAGUCUGUUAUUGAACUGGACGGCCCGCUAGCUGGUGUCGAUCUAGAGAAGGGCGAGUCGAGCUACGGUGGCCCAAGCUCAGGAAUCCCAAUGUUACCUCCGGCGCCGUGGAAGUCGAAUGGCAGUCGACGUCCAUGUGAGUCUCGGCCCUGCCCUCGGAGACUUUGAUCUAAACACCGCGCGCGCUGGCGACACAGCCGUUCUAGAGAUGAUGACGAGCUAUCAAUCGCCAUUUCGCUUAUUUCUUACGAUUUCUUAGUUUAGACAUUCACAUUUUUUUUUGUUAUUUAAUUUUUAAAUUUUAUUCAUUUUUUUUUUGUUUGUUUUUUUCAACGACCUUAUUCUAGAAAUUGAUUUGUAAUGAAACACUCCGGUGAAUUUCAUUCUCUGUAUCCUUUUCCUAAAUCAUGCUUUUGGGCGCUUUUGGGUUUGGAACUUUUUGAUACGUAGAGUUUAAGAUCAACGUUGUACUGGUAUCUAUUGAAACGAAACUAAACUAAAAAAAGGAAAAAAAAGAGAUAAAAACAUUUUGUGCAACGGUACGCAUUUGAAAAAAAAGUCCCUUCUUUUUUAAAUGUACAUCCAAAAACAUAUAAUGACCCUUUUGCCCAUGUGUUGCCUGCGUUUCUAAACGACUCUGUGAAGAGCGAAAUUCCUUCUUCCUACAUUAUUAUAACCUUAAAUUUUUUCGUUCCGUUAUAUUUUAUUCAAUCAUUACAUUGAAUAACACAUCGUA